AUGGACGUGUUUCGAUUGUCAAGCAACAGAGGCCAGCAGAGGGCGCUCCAUAACCGCAUCCUCACCUCUGAGCGAAGAGAGGGAGAGGGAGAGGGAGGAGUCAAGAUGGCGACUUUAAAUGUCUGCCCGCUGCUGUUUUGUUUAGCAUCGCUUUCGCUGGAAACCAGUACUGCCAAAUACCUGUCAGCGCCCUGCUACAAGCCCAUUAAAGAUGACAGACCAGACUCAGUCAAGACUCAUGCUCGGCCACACGAGUAUAUCAAAGCGUUGGAUCUUCCUCCGUCGUGGGACUGGAGGAACAUCACCGGAAAGAGCUAUGUGAGCGUCACCAGGAAUCAGCACAUCCCCCAGUACUGUGGCUCCUGCUGGGCCAUGGGAGCCACCAGCGCCCUGGCAGAUCGCAUCAACAUAAAGCGAGGUGGAGCGUGGCCGUCCGCCUACCUGUCUGUCCAGAACGUGAUCGACUGCGGGAGGGCGGGCUCUUGUUUUGGAGGAGAUCACCUGAGAGUCUACGCCUACGCCCAUAAAACGGGGAUCCCCGAUGAAACCUGCAACAACUACCAAGCUGUCAAUCAAAAGUGCAUGCAGUUCAAUCAGUGUGGGACCUGCUCCUUUGAAUCCUGUGCUGCUGUGAAGAACUACACCGUUUGGAAUGUCGGAGACUAUGGAGAAAUUUCUGGAAGAGACCAGAUGAAAGCCGAAAUUUACACCAACGGGCCCAUUAGUUGUGCCCUAAUGGCGACUGAUGCCCUGGAGGAAUACUCCGGCGGGGUUUUCUCAGAGUUUCACCCCCUCUCUCUGCCGAAUCACAUCAUCUCAGUGGCUGGCUGGGGCGUAGACGGAGACGGCAGCGAGUUCUGGAUCGUCAGGAACUCCUGGGGAGAGUUCUGGGGAGAGCACGGCUGGGCCAGAAUCGUCACCAGUUCCUACAAAGGAGGGAAAGGCAACUGGUUCAACCUCGGCAUUGAGAAAAACUGUGUAUACGGAGACCCUGUUGUAGUGUAAAUGCCACAGAUGUCACUCUCAGCUUUUGAUGAAUGUGUAUUUUUUUCCAUUUUAGAAAUGCAAUGGACUACUUUUAAACCCCCUAAAAAGCUCACACUGUGAAUUUAGAGGGUUUGCUUCUGCUCCAGAUUUGACCAGAAGUUUAAUGAUUUUUAUAAAUUGUUUUAUUUCAAGGAUGGACUAUAAUGAUUUUUAAGCACAAGAACUGGCUGCACAA